UUGUGAUGUCUCGCCGGGUUUGGAGCGCUGUUUCCCGGCCAGCCUCCCAGCUGUGACUCGCUGUGAUUUCCUGCGCCUCCGUUUCUUCCGUCGCCCUAAAUAAAAUAAGAUGGAGCUCCGGAGGGUCGCGGCCGCUCUGCUCUUCCUCUCCGCCGCCUCCCUGCACUCAGUGUCCGGCGCGGUGUCACGGACAGGACCGAAAGUCACGGAGAAGGUGUUCUUCGACAUCACGGUGGCCGGUCAUGAGGUCGGACGCAUCGUCAUCGGUCUCUUCGGGGACGUCGUCCCUCUCACGGUCAACAACUUUGUCGCCCUGGCAACCGGAGAGAAAGGUUACGGCUACAAAGGGACCAAGUUUCACCGAGUCAUCAAAGAUUUCAUGAUCCAGGGAGGAGACUUCACGACUGGAGACGGAACAGGAGGUCACAGCAUCUACGGAACAACGUUUGCAGAUGAAAACUUCAAACUGAAGCAUCUUGGAGCAGGCUGGGUGAGUAUGGCGAACGCUGGUCCGGACACCAACGGGUCCCAGUUCUUCGUCCUGGCUGCCAAAGCUCCGUGGCUGGACGGCAAACACGUGGUCUUCGGCAAAGUCCUGGACGGGAUGGCUGUGGUUCACACCAUCGAGCUCCAGGACACCAACGAAAGGAACCUGCCUUACACCGAGUGUGUGAUCGUGAACAGCGGCAGGAUCCCGGUUAAAGAGCCGUUCGUGGUGGAGGUGGAGGGCUGGUGAACGCCACCGGAGACUCUGGAGAUCGAUCAGGAGUCACAGUUCUAACAGUUUUAGCCAGUUAAUAUAACUAACGUAGCAUGUUAGCAUGUUGGACUCACUUUUUAAUGUUUUUUAGAGCCAAACUUCACUUUCCAACCAAACACUUUCAGGGUAACUUUGUUAUAAAGUUUGUAGAAAUAAUAAUUUAAGUCAGAAAUUAACUAAGCAAACACAAACAUAUUUUGUCAUUUAGGCUGUAAUUAAGAAGAAGUAGAAGCUAAUGUGGUAAACAACACCUGCUAAUUGGAAGCAUGCUAACAUGCUAAUGCUACUCGGAUGAAACAGUACGAGUCCAGUUGCUGCACAGUUUGACUUAACUUGCUAAAAGGAAUUGCGGCUUCUGAUCGUUUUCUACCGUAUGCAGAAACAAAAUACAAGCCACAUAUAUUUUUUAUUAAGUUAUUCUCAGAAAUCAUCAGUCAUACGGUAGCUAGCUAGCAGACACUGUGCAGGUGCUAAACCUACGAAGCUAACUGUGUUUGAAAGGAAGUCGUCUGUCAUAUUCCUCCGUGCUCAGGUGGAAACUGUCUAUUUUUUAAGAAUUGAUCCGUUUCAUAUCAGCAGAAACACAUUUCAUCCUGGAUUCAGAGUUUUCAUCAGAGCAGUGGUGGCGGUUUGUGUUCAGUCUGUACCAGCUUCACUGUGCUAACGGACAGAGGAAAAAAAAAUGAAACUUGCACUUACGGAAAAACUGUAGCUCUCGUUGCCAAAUCGUUCCUCAUUUGCCAAAUGUUCUUGCACUUCGAACAAAUAAAUAGUUACAAACAGAGAUAUGCAAAAAAAAAACUCAGUAGCCAAAUGUCGUUCUAUUUUUAUCAUUUUGGUUAUUAUUAUGCACCAUGUCAUGUUUGCAAAAACUACAGCACAAAGAACAUGAACGUUACUACUGUUACUGUCCUGUCAGUAAAGAUGUAAAAUACUGUGUCCUGUCUAGUUAAAAUGUUUAAUCUGCUCUUUGUAAUGUUAUUUUUGUAAAAUUGUCUGGUGAUCUUAUCAUGUGGAGGUUUUCCUGUGCCACUGAACUUGGAGAUUUUAAAACAUAUCAGAGUUUUUUUUGUUGUUUUCCAUUACAAUCAGAAAUCUGUGCAUUUUCUACAAUAAAUACACCACUGCAAAAU